AUGGAAGAUGUUAGGAGUUGGUCAGAGGAGCUCACGUGGGCUAUACAACAUGGAAGAGAGAAAGCUGCUACUGGUUUGGUUACUGACAAAGAUAUCAAAGAAGAGAUUGCUAAGAUAAAGAAGGAAGACCUGCUGAGGUUUAAAGACAUAGACCCUUUGCACAGUGGCAGAGCGGCUGAACCGAUAUAUCGGGAUAAACUAACAGGGCAACAAAUGUCAAAGAAAGAGUUUUUGAAGUCUUGGAAGAAGCAGGAAGACAAGGAGAAGCAAAAGGAAAUAAAACUGGAAUGGGGAAAGGGUUUGGCUCAAAAGCGAAAGCUCGAGGCUAGGCUUCAAGAAUUAGAAAGUGAGAACGACGAGGCAUUUGCACGGAGCAGAGAUGAUCCUUAACUUGAUUGAAUGCAGAAGGAAAGACCUCGAUGGGGUGAUGACUCAAUGGCUCAUUUGGUUAAGAAAAAGCAUGGGGAGACAGUGCUUCCAGACCUUUGGGCCAGUGAGGAAAUGAAGGAAUCAGGUUUUAGGAUUCCACAAGAAAUCCCUGCUCACACCUGGAUCAAAAGAAGAUUAGAUGUGCCGCCCAACCGUUAUAGUAUCAAACCAGGGAGACACUGGGAUGGGGUCGACUGCAGUAAAGGAUAUGAGAAGGAAUUGUUUAAGAGGGUGAAUGAUAAAGGAGCAAGUACCAGACGGGAAGCGUAUCUGUGGUUAGUGUCCAAUAUGUGAUUUAUACCAGAAUAUGUAUAUAGAGUUUAGAUUGGUGCACCAACAACGAAUCACGCAAAACCUGACAGAAGUUCUUGUAUUGUGUUUGGAGGAAGAUCAUAUUGCUUCAUUGAACGAAAGUUGCUACUUUUUCAAUAUGAGUGGCAAUACUCUGCACAGAGGAAAUAUGAGUUUGUGUUGCUUCUUUGCUGUCAUUAUUUUCCAGCUAGAAGUCUUACAAGGGUAAAUAAAUAUAGUAUAGGCCAUUCAGAUGAAAAGCAAAGCGAUCGAGAUGGGUUCGUCUUUCUUUUUUUUUUUUUUUGAAAUUUUACAUGAGAAAUCCAGGUAUUGUAUAGAUUUGGUAGCCAUGCAGCUGUUGGAGGCAUAUUUGCUGGGGUUCUUUUUUCAUCAAGCUCAAAAGAAUGGUUCACACUUCCAUUUUGGUUUCAUCGCGCUAUGUUGAAGGCAUGCAGAAAUGACAAUGGCGCGGCCCCUCUUCUCCUAUUUUUCUUUUCUUCUUAUCUAAUGAAGGAGUAGAGGUCUUGGUCAGAAAAUUAUUGAGAUUUAAACUCGUGAUAAUAUAAUUUUGUGAGUGUUGAACACCUUUUUAUCCGAUUUAUCAAGCUAUAGCCGCACUCGGUUCA